AUGCGUGAUGACUAUGACGUCCCUAUGGACGACCCCAUCAUCAAGGAGCCUGCACCGGCUCCUCCCCAACCCUCUGCCAUAGCUCUUGGCAAGCAUCCCGCUGUGGACAAGCCCACCUCUGCACCUCCAUGCAAAGUACCAUCUAUAUCAAUGGUAACGGCAUCUUCUGGUGCCCCCACCCUGAGCAAGUCUUAUAGCUCAGUUGCAUCCAGCGCUGCUGGACUGCCUCUCACUCUUGUCCAGACAACUGCUGUGGCAACGUCUGGCUUCUCUGGAGCUAACGCUUGUUCCACAUCGACUCAGCUUGGCACAAACAGUCCUUCCGCCAUCACUGCAUUGCACCGGCGAUUCCCCCCUACAGGAGUCUUGGAGGUUGUGGCUGCACAACAUGCAGCUACUCAUGUGGCUCAGAUGGAUCAUCCUGUCCCACGAGCCAACCCAAUGAAUCCCUGGCAGGGGACCAUCACUGCUAAGCAAUUGAACAUGAUCUGGAACAUGGAUCUUCCUCACUGGCAGGUCUUGAUGGAGACUGCUGAUGCUCACUGGGCCCACCCUCCUUGA